AUGAGAGUAGUAGAACUGUCACCAUUGAAGGGUUCUGUCUCUUGGACCGGGAAGCCAGUUUCCUAUUACCUGCACACCAUAGACCGGACUUUACUUGAAAACUACUUUUCCAGUCUGAAAAAUCCAAAACUCAGGGAGGAACAGGAAGCAGCUCGUAGAAGGCAGCAACGUGAAGGAAAGAGCAAUACAACCACCCCUACAAAAAUUCAGGAGAUUAAGGAUUCUGCAACUGAGGAGGAAAAACCAGCUCCUGUGAAAAAGACUUCACCUGCCAAAGCUCGUAAGAGACUGACCAAGAAGGGCAAAAAAAAAUGGCAGGUCGGAAAAGAGGACGUCCGAAGAAGCUGCUUCAACCUAAUGGUGAUCGCAAAUCCUCCAAAUCACCAACUGUACUGGAAGUCCUACAUCUACAAAAUGGUCCUCCACCUCAGUCGCCAACACAGUCAAGCCCUCAGGAUGCCUGCAAGUCACCUCAAAGUCUCCAUUAUCAGCUACCUCUGAAAGCACAGCGUCAACCUUCCAACCAGCUGAUGUCUUUUCACACACCGCCAGCACUGCAGAAGCUGCUUGACUCAUUUAGGGUACAGUACCUGCAGCUUAUGUCUUACAUGAAGACUCCCCAGUACAAAGCUGGACUGCAGCAACUGUUACAGAAGGAAAAGGAGAAAAACUCCCAGCUGAUGGGUACUGCCCAACAACUACUUACACAUUGCCAAGCUCAAAAGGAAGAAAUCAAAAAACUGUUUCAACAGAAGCUGGAUGAGCUGGGAGUCAAGGCCCUUACUUACAGUGAUCUCAUUCAAGCCCAAAAGGAGAUUUCUGCUCACAAUAUACAACUGAAGGAACAGAGCCGACAGCUAGAGCAGGAAAAUGGUGAACUUAGAAAUUGCAGUUUGCAGCUGUUGAAGGCACGUUGUGAAGAAUUGAAGCUGGAUUGGAAUACGCUGUCCCUGGAAAAUUUGAUGAAGGAAAAAUUGGCACUGAAAAACCAGAUUUCUGAGAAGCAGAAGCACUGCUUGGAAUUACAGAUUAGUAUUGUCGAGUUGGAGAAAUUACAAAGGCAACAUGAGCUGCUUCAGCUGAAGUCUUCCACUUUGCCAGAUGAUCCUCCGCCAAGCAACAGUCGCUCUAAGGGCAAUUUUGGUGCUCGCUACUCCACUGAUGCGUCACAUGCACGUGUGCAUCUCCAUUCGACCUCCAUUCCUAAUGGCUUAAGCCCAGAGCUCUCCACAAACGGUCAUGCAUUGCACUACGAGCUUUACCAUUCAGGUCGCAAUGGUGGAAGUAGGCCUUGCUCAAAAGAGAGUACUCCUUCCCACAUGGAUCACUCUGACAUUGUUUCAAAUACACCAACACAUUUAUCACGACACAAGGGAGAGAGGACUGCUGGACAAUCCCAACCAGAUUACACCCGAUACUCACCUGCUAAAAUAGCUAUGAGGCGUCAUUUAAAUCAAGAGCCAACAUCUAACUGCAGAAAUGCAGACUUCAGUCACAGGUGUGAGGUGGUUAAGGAGAACAGCUUUAUGUCAACAAGUCCUGGUAAUUUAAAUGGCAUCCAGCUAAGUCCUCGAGAAUCACAUCACACUGAUGGAGGCCAAGCAACUGUUGAGAGGGGAGCUGACAAGCUCUCAAGAGACCGUAGUCCUUCUAAUCCUGAAACAAUCACCAGUUUGCCUAUAAGUAUCCCACUGAGCACAGUCCAACCCAAUAAAUUGCCAGUCAGUAUCCCUCUGGCUAGUGUUGUCUUGCCCAGCCGUGUAGAAAAGAGAAACAGCCCCAGUCCAGGUUGUAAUAGCAGAGAUAGCUCCAGCAUGGAGAAUCAAUAUGGUGCUACAUCUAACAGCUUCAGUUAUGCUGCUGUCUCAAAGCCACUGGCUACCUCAGGUUUCUUUUACCCAACCUGGUCAAGCUCUCUUAAUGGACCAGUUUUGAACAGCCAUGGAUCAGAGACUGACUGCAUGGAUGAUUCUUCUAAUUCAGGCACCCUUUCAAACUCUGGGGGAUCUAGAAGUUCCACCCCUUCACAUCACCAGCAGUCCUCUCAGCGCUCACCUGCUCACUAUCCCACGUCUGAUAGUCCCCAUGGGUUUCCAGAUCCAAGUAAGACCUCUGGGGAUGGGGACUUUUAUGCCAGCGAUGCAGAAGUAGAGGCCAAGAGGCGAAUAAUUUUCACUAUAACUAGCGGUGGAAGCUCCUCAGGGAGGUCACCAUCGAAUAAACAUAGUCCAUUGACAGCAACUAUUCGCAUGGAGAGUGGCCCGGGACAGGAUGGCAGAAAGAAAGGGAGCCGACGCAAGAGGUCCUCUGCAGGAAACUACAGCCUGGUAGUUUCUCCUAAACGUAGAUCACAUCCAUCAUCUCUUGGACUGAGUGGCUAUACUUCAGGAUCUCCAAUGAGUAUAAACUCAAUGGUAAAUAACAUAAAUCAACCUUUGGAAAUCACUGCUAUUUCAUCUCCUGAAAACUCGCUGAAAAGUUCCCCUGCCCCAUACCAGGAUCAUGAAUUACCACCAGUUUUAAAAAAAGAGAAACCCUUGAUGCCGACUAACGGAGUUCAUUACUCUCCUCUCACAACAGAAGAUGAGAUGGAAUCUGAUGAGGAGGUUCACAGUUCAAGGACAGAAAGGAAGAGCUCUGGUUUAUGUUUUGAGAGCAAAGAUUCCCCACAAAGGAGUGAAGGAGAAAGAGGUCUACCGUACCCCAGCAGAAAAUCCUCUUGCGAGAGUGUAGGCAAAUGGAAAUCCACCUUCUCCCCGAUCUCUGAUGCAGCUCCCAGCCGCACCCCUGACAGCCCUGCCUCAUCCCCACGCUGCAGUUCCCAUUAUUCAUCUGGUGAUGGGGCUCGUCGAGGUUCUGGGGGUAUGAGCCCAGGGUCAGCUAGCAGUCUUGGCGAACACACCCGAGCAGACGUGGGCAGAGCACCAGAGGGCAACUUGUUCCUGAGUAAAAAGUUGGCAUCUGAUGGUGGAAAGAGAGAGGAAAGGGGUCCAAGUUCAAGAGUUGAUCGCUCCAAAGCUCCUCGCAGUCGGGAAAGGGAUGGGGAGGGACGAGCAGGCAGCAACUUAUUCAUGUCACAGGGAACAGGGGUCCUACUGAAUGGGAAGGGGCCUGUCUCGACACCCCUCCAAACACACCACCAUCUCUUGAGCAACCUGACAACUGGCUCCCAGCUUACACUGCAGGGUGGCCUCACUUCAAUGGCCAGCAAUUCAGUUCUGCAGUCUCUCUUCAGCUCCAUGCCUGUACAUGUGACUGGCCCCGUUGGCCGUCUAGCUAAUUCCCAUGGCAUGGCCAGUUUCACAUCGCCUGGAGUGACUGGUGGAACAGUAGGAGGU